UCUUCUUCUUCUUCCGGUACACGUAAACAUGGCGCCGGCCAUCCCGCUGCUCGCAGUUCGAGGAUCCGAUGGUACGUCUCUGCUCUGCGGGCCUCCCACCUGCCAGCAGCACCCCACCUUCACCAGGGACGGUCGGUCCAGCAGGUGUGUGACCUUCAGCAGAGACGGAUCGCUGUUCGGCUGGUGCAACGGACACAAUGUCUCUGUGGUCAAAUCUUCAGACGGCUCCAUCGUGUCGACCUUUGACCUGCCAAAGACGUCUCUGCUGGAGUUUUCUCCUCUCAACAACAUUCUGGUCACCUGGCAACCGUACAGCAAGCCUCAGGACAGCGCUCAGGGGGACGCUAACCUCCAGCUGUGGGACUUACAGAGCGGUCAGCUGAUCAAAGCUUUGUAUCAGAAGAAGGUGGACUCAUGGUGUCCCAGCUGGUCUGAAGACGAAAAGAUCUCAGUGAGGAGCGUCAACAACGAGCUGCACUUCUACGAGAACAACGACUUCAGUUCGAUCUCCAACAAGCUCCACAUGCAGAAGGUGUCGGACUUCGUUUUGUCUCCCGGAGGUCAGCCCAGUAAGGUCUGCGUCUACGUCCCGGGCAGUAAAGGAGCGCCCUCGUUUGUGCGCCUGUACCAGUACCCGGUGCUGGGAGGAGCCUCCGCGGCGCUCGCCAACAAGAGCUUCUUCAAGGCCGACAGAGUCACCAUGAUGUGGAAUAAGAAAGCCUCAGCAGUUCUGGUGACGGCGAGCACUGAGGUGGACAAAACCGGAGCGUCUUAUUACGGCGAGCAGACGCUGCAUUACCUCGCCGUGAACGGAGAGACGGCUCUGGUCCAAUUGCCGAAGAACGGUCCCAUCUACGACGUGGCGUGGAGUCCAAACUCUGCAGAGUUCUGCGUGGUGUACGGCUUCAUGCCCGCAAAGACCACCGUCUACAACCUCAAGUGUGACCCCGUCUUCGACUUCGGGACCGGACCACGAAACGCUGCCUACUACAGUCCUCAGGGGCAUGUCCUGGUCCUAGCGGGCUUUGGGAACUUGCGUGGACAGAUGGAGGUCUGGGAUGUCAAGAAGUACAAACAGGUGUCCAAACCUCAGGCUCCGGAUGCCACACAUUUCUCCUGGUGUCCAGACGGCGAGCACAUCGUCACGGCGACGUGCUCGCCGCGGCUGCGAGUCAGUAACGGUUAUAAGAUCUGGCACUACACGGGCUCCGUGCUGCACAGGUGGGAGGCGGCGGCCGGCGGCGAGCUGUGGGAGGUCCUCUGGCAGCCGUUCCCCGACGGCAGCUUCCCAGAGCGACCCGUCAGGUACCAGGCAGUGCCCAGCGAGAUGGGGACCACUCAGGCCCCGCCCACGCAGGCGUACCGCCCACCUGCCCUGAGACAUCUGCCGGCCACGCCCAGCGCCAAACUGAACGUUCUAAAAAAGCCGGGACAGGGGCAACAAAAGAUCGGGAAAGUUGAGGAAUGCUCAGAGAACACCAGUUUGGAUCGUUCCACAGGUGAACUGGUUAACUGGAAACAGGGUAUCACCACGUGGGCUCAGGAACACUUCGGAAAUCCAUCGUCCGUUAACACAGAUCGUCUCGACAUCGACACGUGCAGGUUCAAACUCUACACUGCAAAGCCAAAGAUCAACAACACCCGGAAACGCUUCUCUGGGCCGAGCUCACCUGAGAUGGACUGA